AUGGUUACAUCAUCACUUUGUGCUAAUGAUUGUGGUUUCUAUGGUUCUCCUGCAACAAAUAACCUUUGUUCAAAGUGCUAUAAAGAUUAUCUCGCAAAUUCAAAGGGUUGUGAAACAAGCAACAAGAGUUUUUGUUUGGAGAAGUUAUCAUCAUCAUCAUGUACUUCUCAAAGGGAAGGUUCUAUCAUUAAUGACAUGAUUUCUCUUUCUAUCACANAUUCUAAGACAAAUGAAAAGAAUGAGAGAAAGAGAUGCAAGAGUUGUAAUAAGAAGAUUGGGUUAUUAGGGUUUCAAUGCAAAUUGUGUGCAUUGGAAGAGCAUCAAAACCAGCAACGAGCUGGAACCAAGAAAAGCGGUAAAAGCAAAAAUAGGAGGCACAUGAAGGCAAGUUUCACGCUUGCGCGCCCCUCUAAGGGCGCUGAGCGCCAUUUGCCUCGUAGUUUCCACGCCUAG